CCCGGCCAGGGCCCCGCCCCCGUUAACACGUUAGCGCCUACCAGUGCUCUACCAAGCAAUGUGCCUCGCCAGCCUAACGCCUCUACAAAUCGUAUAUGGGCGAUAACAGUCAAUUAUCAUUCGUUCACCACCGUCACCGUGCACGGUGGCUCAAAACCCUAGCGUUAUCUCAGUCGAUACUCUGAACUUUCCCAGUAUCCUGUUUCCCUUUUUGAUCUAUAAUCCGUGGGUUGUCCACUUGGCUUAAUGAUCGAAUCGGGACUGCCAAACCCUAGGGCGGGAAUUGGAGGCAACUUUGCUAAUUCUAAGCAAAUGCUAAAUGACGCAUCCGCCGGAAUUUCGAAGACCACACUGCCCUCAACACUCGACCGUUUUCGGUCGAUGUUGAAAGAGAGAGAUGAGGUCAGGCUUUCUUUGGAGAAUGGCGUCGUUUCUCCUCCGACAAUCGAUGAGGUUGUGAGGCUUUACGAGAUUGUGUUGUCGGACUUAACAUUCAAUUCGAAGCCUAUCAUUACUGAUCUGACCAUAAUUGCUGGGGAGCAUAGACAACGGGGCGAGGGCAUUGCGGAUGCAAUAUGCACUCGUAUUCUAGAGGCCCCAGUUGAGCAGAAACUGCCAUCUCUUUACCUUCUUGAUAGUAUUGUGAAGAACAUAGGGAGGGAAUACAUAAGACACUUCUCUGCCCGUUUGCCUGAGGUUUUUUGUGAGGCAUACAGACAAGUCCACCCCAACAUGAUUCCUGCCCUUCGCCACCUCUUUGGUACCUGGUCUACAGUUUUCCCAUCACCUGUCCUCUGCAAGAUUGAGGCUUGCCUCCAGUUUUCCCCAUCCACAAGCCAUCAAUCUUCUGGAAUGACGAACAUGAGAGCUUCUGAGUCUCCUCAGCCAAGUCAUCAUGGAAUACAUGUAAAUCCAAAAUAUUUGGAAGCAAGAAGGCAAUUGGUAGAUGCUGAAAAGUUGAGCUCAGCUGGUCAUGCUGGACUUGUAUCUUCUGACGUAGAUGCUGUAAAAUUGUUCCCAGCUGCAAGGUCAUCCUCUCCUUAUGGUGUAGGACGUGCAAGAUCAUUUUCGCCACCAGUUGAUGAUUUUGAUUUGGAAAAUUCUCCAAGAUUUACUGAAAGAGAUAUUCCAUCUCAUGCUAGGAUAGAUUGUGGGCUUAAUGGAGUAUUGCCUGGUGCUGACGAUACAAUUGACUGUAACAGAAAUCAUUUUCACGCUGAUAGCAUUCAACAGUUGGAAAACUCUGUUUCAUAUAGUUUCAGAAAAGGAGUUAGCCCUCAGGGACCCAGAGCUCUGAUUAAUGCAUAUGGAAUUGAUGAAAGGGAAAAAGAAUUUAGUAAGCUUGGCCAGCCAGAAGCAAAUGGUACUGGCAAAAGGGUAGGUGUUAGAACAUGGAUCAAUACUGAAGAGGAAGAAUUUAAUUGGGAAGACAUGAGUCCAACUUUGGGUAAUGCUCAUCGACGUAAUGAUAUUUCAUCAUCUAUGCUAUCACCUGGGAGAUAUUUUGCUCGUCCCCGUGUUGGUCCUCUUCAGGAUGCAUCUGCUAUCAAUGAAUCUAGAAGGAGCUUACCAGAUCAGACCCUUCAUUCUUUACCUAGAAGAGGGGAUACUAGUAAGAUCAGUGCGCUGUCUAAUGAGGUUUCUCUUAUUCCAGCUCCAAAUUAUAGUCAAGAAUCUCAUUAUCCUGUUCAAAGUUCCCAACAGUUAUCUCAUCACCAUAUCAGGGUUGAAGGAGGUGGAAAGGCUCCCACAGUGCAUCUCUCAGGAGCUGGACUUUCAACCGGAGAACACAAGCAUCCUUUGCUUGGUCUUUUAAAAAAUGUAGAUGGAAACAUUUGGAGGCCUCCAAGAAACAACUCUUCAACAGCGAAUCUUUGUCUUAACUCCCCAAUUCAGGACGCUCAAUUGGUUAAUGUGGGAAUUUCAAAUGGUGCAUGGACCUCACCAGGCAUGCACAAUCCUCACUUAUUGAAUUCAAUUCCUAUGAUCCUUCCUCGAAAGGGGACAAGAGGUCAGUAUGAUGCAACGAAAGCAGUUUCUAGUCAUGCUCGGAACGAGAGACAUAUGGAUAACAUGGACCUCAAACCACAGUUUGCGCUGCCCCAUUUGGGUGUUCAACAUCCUGGCGCAAUCAUAUCAGAUCAACAAAGGUUUGGACAGAUUGGGCUAUCACAACCACCGCUGCAUUGUCAGGAUCAUCUUCUGCAUAAUACUGGCCCACUAGGCUCUGUUGUCCCAACUCGCAAUGUGGCACCAAAAUUAAAUUUUUUGUGCCCUCGUCAAGGUCAUGGUGGUUCUAUUAUGCCAAUAAUGAAUAUCCCAAAUCAUACUUCUUUAGAGUUCCCUCGAGCAGCCCUUCGGGCGCCACCCAUGACUAGAUUUACAGAUCAUGCUUCUGUUUCUGCACCUCAAAUUAUGCCAACACUCCAAACUUGCGGUCAAAGCAGCCAAAGUGCUGCACCAUCCCAAGGCGGCUCCUUUUCCAGUCUGAUCAGCACCUUGAUGGCUCAAGGUCUGAUAUCGUUAUCACACCAAAGCACAUCACAGGAAUCUAUGGGUACUGAGUUCAAUGUGGAACUCCUUAAGGAGCGACAUGAGUCAACAAUAACUGCUCUAUACUCUGCUCUUCCUAGACAGUGCACAUCAUGCGGGCUGCGGUUCCAGUCCCAAGAUAUCCAUAGCAGCCACAUGGAUUGGCAUGUAACCAAGAACCGAAUAUCUAAAAACCGGAAGCACAAUCCUUCUCGCAAGUGGUUUGUAAGUCUCAGCAUGUGGCUCAGUAGUGCGGAGGCUUUGGGCGUUGAUGUGGUUCCUGGAUUUCUUCCUCUGGAAGAUGUCGUGCACAAGAAGGAUGGUGCUGAUGAACUUGCUGUUCCUGCUGAUGAUGACCAGAAUGCUUGUGCACUGUGUGGGGAGCCUUUUGAUGAUUUCUAUAGUGAUGAGACUGAGGAGUGGAUGUUCAAGGGCGCUGUCUACAUGAAUGCACCACAAACUUGGGGGCCAACAUCCGGGACAGACCGGUCUCAGUUAGGACCAAUUGUGCAUGCAAAAUGUAGGUCCGAGUCGAGUGCAGAUGGUUCAAAGAAACACACUGAGGUAAGUCAAGCCUCUCACAUGAGAUGAGAUAAUUCCCACUGAGAUAAACAUGCUAGUGGUUCCAGUUGGUCAACAGUGUAUAAAUCUUAAUUCAGUUUCAUCUACAGGUUUAUUAUACGGAUGGUUGAAGUAUGGGGAAACAACUGCGCAGUUAACAUUUGUAGAUGAGCUUGUUAGGUGCUUUGUGUAAUAUUAUCUGAGGGUCCAUAAUUGUCGGUCUCAUUCAUGUACUUGUACAGAUGUUAUUGUACCAGUCAGAUGUUCUUUCACCAAAGGUUACAAAAAUAGAUUUGCAAUAUUUCUCUGGCUUGCCUUUUCAUUCAGAAUUCUACCGAUCUGCUGCAUGGUAGUCGAUUCAUAACUUCCUGCUUAUAUUUUCGGUGAGGUCUGAAUUGAGGGGCUGUCAUAGUUGAAAUGGAAUGUGUUCUCUCUUUUACAGUCUUCGUUUUGUAUAAUGCAUUUUAUGCGUUGGCAAUAGCAGUUUUUGCAGGAGGAUGCGUUUCCUCAGAGCCUCAGAGGUGUACUGCUGUAUUUCACGUUGCUAAUAUCUGGUUUUUGAGUUUCCCUCCAGUUGAUCACUUGAAGUAUGGAAGAGCCACAAAAGUUGCAACUGGAUGGGAUUUGGCGUUUUGAUCUGGUUUUACAGUUUUGGCUACAUUAUAUUUAUACUCGAUGCAAGAACAUUCUACAUAGUACACUUCUAUGUAUUAAAAGCUCAAAUAGCAAUUUUGUUACAAAUCAGCAAGGAUUAGGGUCUUUGGUUUACGUAUUUAUUUGUUCGUUUCAUUGAAAAUGAUAAAUAUUGUAAUAGAUAAUAUGCA